GAGGGGGGAGCGCGGUGCUGCGCUCGGGCGGGCGGCCGGUCGGCGAGCGGAGCCGGGAUGAGGACGCCCGCGCUUCUGCCGCGCGCGCUGCUGACCUGCUGCUGGCUGCUCGCCCCGGUGAACAGCAUUCACCCAGAAUGCCGAUUUCAUCUGGAAAUACAGGAGGAAGAAACAAAGUGUGCAGAGCUUCUAAGGGCCGAAUCAGAGAAAUACAAAGCCUGCAGUGGAGUCUGGGACAACCUGACGUGCUGGCGCCCUGCGGAUGUUGGCGAGACGGUCACAGUGCCCUGUCCAAAGGUGUUCAGCAAUUUUUACAGCAAACCAGGAAACAUAAGCAAAAACUGCACAAGUGACGGAUGGUCGGAGAUGUUUCCAGAUUUCAUAGACGCGUGCGGCUACAACGACCCUGAGGACGAGGGCAAGAUCACGUUCUAUAUUCUGGUGAAGGCCGUUUAUACCCUGGGCUACAGUGUCUCUCUGAUUUCCCUCACGACCGGAAGCAUAAUUCUCUGCCUCUUCAGGAAGCUGCAUUGCACCCGGAACUACAUCCACCUGAACCUGUUCCUCUCCUUCAUCCUUCGAGCCAUCUCAGUGCUGGUCAAGGACGAUGUCCUGUAUUCCAGCUCGGGCACGCUGCACUGCCCCGACCAGCCGUCCUCCUGGGUCGGCUGCAAGCUCAGCCUGGUGCUGUUCCAGUACUGCAUCAUGGCCAACUUCUACUGGCUGCUGGUGGAGGGGCUGUACCUCCACACCCUGCUGGUGGCCAUAUUCUCCCCCAGCCGCCGCUUCGUGGCCUAUCUCCUCAUUGGAUGGGGCAUCCCCACUGUGUGCAUCGGGGUGUGGACUGCAGCCCGGCUCUCCCUAGAAGACACGGGUUGCUGGGACACCAAUGACCACAGUGUUCCCUGGUGGGUCAUACGAACACCAAUUCUAAUUUCUAUCAUAGUCAAUUUUGUCCUUUUCAUUAGUAUUAUACGAAUUUUACUGCAGAAGUUGACAUCCCCAGAUGUCGGCGGCAAUGACCAGUCACAAUAUAAGAGGCUCGCCAAGUCCACGCUGCUGCUCAUCCCGCUGUUCGGAGUCCACUACAUGGUGUUCGCCGUCUUUCCCAUGGGCAUCUCCUCCAAGUACCAGAUACUGUUUGAGCUGUGCCUCGGAUCCUUCCAGGGCCUGGUGGUGGCGGUUCUCUACUGUUUUCUGAACAGCGAAGUGCAGAGCGAGCUGAGAAGGAAAUGGAGGAGCCUGGGCCGGAGCCAGCCCUCCGGCCGCGACUACCGGCUCCACAGCUCGUCCAUCUCGAGGACCGGCUCGGAGGGCGCCCUGCAGGGCCCCCGGGGCUCGCGCGCCGCAUCCCUGCUGCAGACGGAGACCUCGGUCCUCUAGGGCCCGCGGGGCCGGGGCGGGGCGGACCCCCGGCUCGUCCGCCCCCCUGUGCUUGUCCGUCUGCGGAGCAGGGUCACGCCGUGACCGACGGGGACUUAAUCCAGUUGUUCAACUCCGUCAUUUAGGUAAUUUUGUUCAUAAUGCUGUUUGGCCUUGUAGACAGACCCAUUUUCAAAGAGAAUAGGGGAGACCGAGGUGGCCCCCGAAACGAGGCCGACGCCCCAGAACGUGAGUCCAGCCGCCGCGGAAGGAGAACGGGGGUCCCAGCCUCGUGAGUUCUCGGCGGGGAGCGGGCCCUCCCCGCGUGCCGCCAGCGCUGGCCCCCGCCCGGCCCUCGGCAGCCCCCCGCCUGCAGCACGUGCAGAAGCCGGGGCACGACCUCCUGGCGCCGCUCCCCAGGCGAGUCCUCCCGGCCCUCCGGCUCCCGCUCGCCCCACCGUCCAGGGCUCUCCUCUCCCGGCUUCACCAACGCCGUGGCCGCCCGGCCCGAGGAAAGUGCGGAGAAGAGCUCAGGGUGUGACAGCAUGUCGUAGCGGUCACCCCGGGGCAUCGGCGCUGCAUGAGGGCCCCUCGACCCUGGACAGACGCCUCCCGGGUGACUUCAGCCCCCUUCGCCCAGCGGGGCUACCUGCGGCCACGGGGUGACCUGCAGCCAGGCUUCCGUUCAGGCUCCGGGUCAUCAGGGCGACACCAGGCAUUUUAUCUGGUGGGCGUGGAGACCUAUUCUCUUUUUCAUGAAAAUAAUCUUGAAGUCAUUUCUAUUUAAAUAGAGAGUUAUUUUAACAAAGUGUAAAAAUGAGUCAAGUGCUCCUGUGUUGCUUUAACUUGUAAAUGUGGACGGAGUAUCCACACGUGUAAACACUCAAUAAAACCUGAUUUCAUGUCUGUC